GCAUUUACUAGCUUCAAACAUCAUGUGGCAAACUUACAAAGAGGAUGAACUAAGACACACGGUUUUCACGUUUGCUUGCCCCGUCAUCUUCCGCCAGCCACUCAGCUAUAACUAUAAAUCCUCUCAUCUCAUUCUUUACUUACUGUCCCUCAGUCAUUUCACAAUCCACAUACAUAUCAAGAUAGAUACAAACAUAGCAACUAACUAAUAGCAUAGAGACAAAGCUUACAUCAGAAUUCACCUUGUGGAAGAAGAAUACUCUCGUUUAUCCGAACAAACGUAAAUUUGUUAGUCGUGUUCAUCUUGACUAGAAUUCCUUGUUCCCGUGGUGCCUGUCUUUUUCGAGACCGGCAUUGAGAAAUUUUGGUUAUUUGAUACUUUCAUGAUGUCGGAGGAGCCAGAGCUUGUAAUUAAGCAGAGGGAUGGAUCGGUGCUUGGAAAGAAGACAAUUCUGAAGAGUGACCAUUUUCCGGGGUGCCAUAACAAACGGUUGUCUCCUCACAUUGACGGUGCCCCCAAUUUCCGGCAGGCUGAGUCACUGCAUGUUUACGGUGUUGCAAUUCCAACCACCAUUGGAAUCCAAAAUCUUCUUGACCAUAUUGGGGCUCAUAUAAGUGGAAAGAAAACAAAAGUUCUCUGGAUAAAUCUUCGUGAGGAACCGGUGGUAUAUAUUAAUGGUCGCCCCUUUGUAUUACGUGAUGUAGAAAGGCCCUUCUCCAAUUUAGAACAUACGGGUAUUAACAGGUUGAGGCUUGAACAAAUGGAGGAUCGUCUGAGAGAAGAUAUCCUGCAAGAAGCGUCAAGAUAUGGAAAUAAGAUCCUUGUAACUGAUGAGCUACCAGAUGGUCAAAUGGUAGAUCAGUGGGAGCCAGUGACACAAGAAUCUGUGAUUACGCCGUUGGAGGUCUAUUUGGAACUUCAGAACAGAAGCUACUUGGUUGAUUAUGACCGUGUUCCUAUAACAGAUGAAAAAUCGCCAAAGGAGCAAGAUUUUGAUAUUCUGGUCCACAGAAUUUUACAAGCUGAUGUAGAGACAAGGAUAAUUUUUAACUGCCAAAUGGGGCGUGGCCGAACCACAACUGGAAUGGUGAUAGCUACAUUGAUCUAUUUUAAUCGGAUAGGAUCUUUUGGUAUUCUGAGGACAAGCUCACUUGGAACAAUUUCUGACAGUGCCUCUAGUGCUGCUGACAAUAUGCCGAACUCAGAGGAGGCAGUGUCUAGAGGAGAAUAUACAGUAAUUAGAAGUUUGAUACGGGUUUUGGAGGGUGGUGUUGAAGGAAAAAGGCUAGUGGACAAAGUAAUUGACAAAUGCUCCUCUAUGCAGAACUUGCGUGAAUCUAUUGCUACCUAUCGCAACAGUGUUUUGCGUCAAUCUGAUGAGAUGAAGAGGGCGGCACACUUGUCCUUUUUUGUGGAGUACUUGGAAAGAUAUUAUUACCUUAUAUGCUUUUCUGUAUAUCUCCAUACUGAGAGAGUAGCAAUCAAUUCUGGGUCCUCCAAUCACUGCAGCUUUUACGAUUGGAUGAAAUCAAGGCCAGAACUAUAUACCAUUAUACAAAGAUUGCUAAGGAGAGACCCGAUGGGGGCACUUGGUUAUGCAAGAACGAAACCAACUCUUCUGAAUAUUCCAGAAUCUGCUAAAGAUCGUCCUUCUGAUAUGGAAACUAUUGCAUGCUUAAGGCAAGGGAAGGUUCUAGGAAGUCAAACAGUCCUUAAAAGUGAUCACUGUCCUGGUUGUCAACGUCCUUCUUUGCCAGAAAGAGUAGAGGGUGCCCCUAACUUUAGAGAAAUUCCUGGUUUCCCAGUUUAUGGUGUUGCAAAUCCAACGGUUGAUGGCAUUAUAUCUGUUAUCCAUAGAAUAGGUAGCUCUAAAGGCGGCCGCCCAGUUUUCUGGCAUAAUAUGAGGGAAGAACCUGUAAUCUACAUUAACGGGAAACCCUUUGUUCUCCGUGAGGUUGAAAGACCAUACAAAAACAUGCUUGAGUACCGGGGAAUCGAUCGUGAUAGAGUGGAACGAAUGGAAGCUCGAUUAAAGGAUGAUAUUCUGCGAGAAGCUAACCGCUACCAUGGUGCUAUAAUGGUUAUUCAUGAAGAUGAUGACGGAAAAAUAUUUGAUGAAUGGGAACCUGUGAGCUCUGAAGCAGUUAAAACCCCACUUGAGGUCUUCAGAGGCUUGGAGACUAACGGUUUUCCAGUCAAAUAUGCUAGGGUGCCUAUCACUGAUGGUAAAGCUCCACGGAGUUCUGAUUUUGACACCUUGGCCAUAAAUAUAGCAUCUGCUUGCAAAAACACAGCUUUUGUUUUUAAUUGUCAGAUGGGUUGCGGGAGGACAACCACUGGUACUGUUAUUGCUUGCCUUCUGAAGCUUCGUAUUGAUUAUGGGAGACCUGUCAAAAUGCUGCUCGAUGAUUAUUUACACAAAGAGGAGGAUGGUGAUUUAUCAAGUGGUGAAGAAGUGGAAGAUCAUUGUCAAGAGUCUCUCUCUAGUCCUGUAAAAGGAAGACCUGACAAAAAAUCAAGUCAUACUUUUGGGAUAAAUGACAUCUUACUAUUGUGGAAGAUUACAACUUUGUUUGAAAACGGAGUUAAAUGCAGGGAGGCCUUAGAUGCUAUCAUUGAUAGAUGUUCAGCUCUGCAGAACAUACGUCAAGCAGUUCUGCAAUACAGAAAGAUAUUCAAUCAACAGCAGGAUGAGCCGAGGGAAAGGAGAGUAGCACUGAACCGUGGUGCAGAAUACCUUGAGCGUUACUUUCGCCUGAUUGCUUUUGCAGCAUAUCUUGGCAGUGAAGCAUUUGAUGGGUUCCACGAACAAGGAGGAUCUAAAAUGACAUUUAAGAACUGGCUAAAUCAGAAACCGGAAGUUCAAGCAAUGAAAUGGUCGAUCAGAUUGCAACCUGGACGAUUUUUUACAGUCCCCGAAAAUCUCAGAACACCACAUGAAUUUCAGCAUGGUGAUGCAGUUAUGGAGGCCAUUGUAAAGGAUCGGUGUGGUUCAGUUUUGGGCAAAGGGUCUAUACUCAAGAUGUACUUCUUUCCUGGUCAAAGAACCUCUAGCUGUAUACAAAUUCGUGGCGCCCCUCAUGUCUUCAAGGUAGAUGGAUAUCCACUGUACAGUAUGGCAACUCCAACAAUUGCUGGUGCAAAGGAGAUGUUGUCUUACUUGGGUGCCAAGCCCGGUGUGAAAGGGAGUAAUGUAGAAAGAGUAAUUAUAACUGACUUAAGAGAAGAAGCAAUCGUUUUCAUUAAUGGCACACCAUUUGUCCUGAGAGAACUGAACAAACCGGUGGAUACACUGAAGCAUGUGGGAAUCACUGGUCCAGCGGUGGAACAUAUGGAGGCCAGACUGAAAGAAGACAUAAUAUUUGAGGUCAGAAAGUCCGGUGGGCGUAUGCUUCUACACCGUGAAGAAUUUAAUCCGGCACUAAAUCAAGUCAGCAUUAUAGGGUAUUGGGAAAAAAUCUUCGUUGAUGACGUGAAGACACCUAGCGAGGUGUAUGCUUCUUUGAAAAAGGAUGGGUUUAAUAUAACAUAUAGAAGAAUCCCAUUGACCAGAGAAAGAGAAGCUUUAACAUCUGAUGUUGAUGCAGUGCAGUACUGCGUAGAUUAUUCUGCUGGAUCAUACCUGUUCGUUUCUCAUACGGGUUUUGGUGGGGUUGCCUAUGCAAUGGCCAUAAUAUGCAUAAGGCUAGAAGCAGAAGGCAAGUUAGCACAGAAUAUCCCCAGAUCACCUGUGGGAAUUUCACAUCUAUCAACUGAGGAUGCCCGCAGAAUGGGCGAUUAUCGGGACAUCUUGAGUGUUAUCAGAGUUCUGAUUCGCGGUCCUGAAAGCAAAACGGACGUCGAUGCUGUUAUUGAGAGGUGUUCAGGUGCUGGGCAUUUGCGUGAUGAUAUUCUUUCCUAUAGCAAACAACUUGAAAAGUUACCAGUCAGUGAUGAUGAACACCGCGCUUACUUAAUGGAUGUGGGCAUUAAAGCGUUAAGACGCUACUUUUACCUUAUUACCUUCAGAUCCUAUCUUUUCUGCACUUCAGCUGCUGAGACGAGCUUCACCGCGUGGAUGGAUGCAAGGCCAGAACUCGGGCAUCUUUGUAGUAACCUUAAACUUGUGUAGAUGCCGUAGAAAUGAUAUAUGUACAGCUUCAUAGGAUUUACUUUCCUUUGUAUGAGCAAAGAGGUUACCCUCAAGUAAAGAAAUGUUAGUCUAGCUAGUGUACAAAUAGUAAAGCUUGCCCUCUCUUAUAGAUUCUAAAGCAUAGAGUUGUAACUAUGUGUAUAUACACAUAAAAAAGGCUGCUUGACAUGGUGCAUGAAAGAUGAAAGUUGUCUAGUGAAAGAAUUAGUAGAUUAUUAGAAUUUUUUUUAAAUUCUCCUCUGUGUAAGGGUAAUUGUAUAUGCGAUUGCGAAUAUAGAUGACUUUUGGUGUGUUUGGGAGUC